CAUCCUCGUUCUCUCCCAUCUCCUUUCCUCGUCUUCGACUCUCGAAGAACGUGUCAUGCCCCGAUCCACAGAUGGAAAGCACACCUUUUGCGUGUACGGAUCCAGCUCAGUGAACACUCCCAAACCUUACUUGGACGUGGCGCGCAAGCUGGGCAAUCUGCUGGCGGAUGGUGGCCACACUUGCGUCAACGGGGCGGGACGGGUGCGUUUUUUGGGUCGUUUUCAACGACGAGCAAGCGGGGAGGCGUAG